CAAGCAAGGCCCGCGGAGGUAUCUCAGAACCCGCCCCUCCUCGACGUCGCAGUGCCUCUUCUCCAUUAACGCUACGUCGUGUUUCUUUUCGUUCAAAUCGCGACUAUCCACGCUAUUGGAGAAACUCCUCGACCAUAAGUAUCGAUCGACUCGAAGAUCAGACUAUGUUAUUUCGAAUAACGGAUUGAUCGCACCCGUCGCUUCAUUCACACGUCGGACAUGAAAAAUCUUGGUUCGCGUUGGACGGUCCCCGACAUAGCACGCACUGCCGCAGCGCGUUCGUCAUUUCUCGUCGCCAUUUCGUCGGAACGAGAUUCAAAUAGCAAAAGCAGCCGCAGCAGCAACAGCAAAAGCAACAGCAACAGCAACAGCAGUAACGAUAGCAGCAAUAGCCGCGUUAGUUACAAAUCAGGAAGAAAGAACGUUAGAUACAGUGGUAUCGGUAAGGAAAGUAUCGACAGAAGGAUUUGCGUCACGGCGAUCGACAAGAAGAAAAGGGAAAAGAAGAGCGUCGGUAGAUCGGCAGUCGACGUGCUGCACGAAGCGCAUUUAUCCGUCCGAUCGUACGUAACGGCGUCGUCGAAUCGCAUCGACGGCACGACGCAUUCCGAAUCGACGCCCAGGUACCGGCCCCUAGCCGGCAAAUCGCGCGGUCUUCAACAUCGGUCUCGUCCUCGUCAGCCGCAACCGCAGCCACCCCAACAGCCACUCUAUCACACCCCCGCAUCGUGGGACACGCGCACAUUACACUUCAGGAACUGUUAGCACCGAUCAAAAGAAGGUGGCUCAGCUGUGUGCAGCUUAGACAAUGUCCGAAGAUUCUGACUCUGUAUCAGAGGAAGAAAGAAGUUUGUUCCGUCCGUUCACGCGGGAGUCCCUGGCAGCGAUCGAGGCUCGCAUCGCCGAGGAACAUGCCAAGCAGAAGGAGCUCGAGAAGAAGAGAGCGGAAGGCGAGGGAGGUUUUGGACGGAAGAAAAAGAAAAAAGAAGUUCGGUAUGACGACGAGGACGAGGACGAGGGUCCUCAGCCGGAUCCGAUGCUCGAGCAAGGAGCACCGAUCCCGGUCCGACUGCACAGCUCAUUUCCACCCGAGUUGGCCUCCACACCUCUCGAGGAUAUCGAUACCUUCUAUCAUAACCAAAGGACCUUCGUCGUCAUCAGCAGGGGAAAGGACAUAUUCAGGUUCUCAGCGACAGAUGCGAUGUGGAUCCUCGACCCGUUCAACCCGAUACGACGCGUGGCCAUUUACAUAUUGGUUCACCCACUCUUCUCCCUCUUCAUUAUCACUACAAUAUUGGUUAACUGCAUACUCAUGAUCAUGCCCACUACGCCCGUCAUCGAGUCUACGGAAGUGAUAUUUACGGGCAUCUACACAUUUGAGUCCGCCGUUAAGGUGAUGGCGAGGGGUUUCAUUCUGCAGCCUUUUACCUAUCUUAGAGAUGCAUGGAAUUGGCUCGACUUCGUAGUUAUAGCUUUAGCUUAUGUGACGAUGGGCAUAGAUCUAGGCAACCUUGCCGCUCUCAGGACAUUUCGAGUCCUCCGAGCCUUGAAGACUGUCGCUAUUGUACCAGGUCUGAAAACCAUUGUCGGCGCUGUGAUAGAAUCCGUGAAGAACCUGCGCGAUGUGAUAAUCCUGACGAUGUUCUCUCUUUCCGUCUUUGCGUUGAUGGGCCUCCAGAUUUACAUGGGGGUGCUAACGCAAAAAUGUAUAAAGAACUUUCCCGAGGACGGCUCCUGGGGUAAUCUCACCGAUGAAAACUGGGAGCGAUUCGUUAGUAAUGAAACUAAUUGGUACGUGGACGAGUCGAAAAACAUGCCCUUGUGUGGGAAUUCAUCUGGAGCAGGGCAGUGCCUUCCUGGCUACACGUGUUUACAAGGAUACGGUGAUAAUCCAAAUUAUGGUUACACGAGUUUCGACACCUUUGGUUGGGCCUUACUUUCUGCGUUUCGUCUGAUGACUCAAGAUUACUGGGAGAAUCUCUAUCAGCUGGUACUAAGAUCGGCCGGUCCGUGGCACAUGUUGUUCUUCAUUGUCAUCAUUUUUCUUGGUUCAUUUUAUCUGGUCAACUUGAUUCUCGCCAUUGUCGCGAUGUCGUACGACGAAUUGCAAAAGAAAGCUGAGGAAGAGGAAGCCGCCGAAGUGGAAGCCAUACGUGAAGCUGAGGAAGCAGCGCUAGCAAAGGAGAACAAGUUAGCAGCACGAGCACAGGCAGCGGCGAGGGAGGCGGCUGCCGCGGCCGCAGCAGUCGCCGCUGAUCAAAUCGUAAAAUCUUCAUCGGACUUUUCAUGCCACAGCUACGAGUUAUUCGUUGGUCAAGAAAAGGGGAACGACGAUAACAAUAAAGAGAGAAUGAGCAUGCGUUCGAUCGAAUCGGUCAGCGAGCACAGGGUGAAACAGAUCAACAACCAUACGACCACCACUAAAGUGCGGAAAGUCAGCGCCGUCUCUCGCGCCGCUAAUGGCCAGUUUACUUAUGCCUACCAGGAAAGCCUGCGGAAGGCGAGCCUUAGUCUGCCUGGCUCACCGUUCAAUCUUCGCCGUAGCAGCCGUGGUAGCCAUCAGUUCACGAUCAGGAAUGGUCGUGGUCGUUUCGUCGGACCACCGGGUGGUGACAGGAAGCCAUUGGUACUGUCUACUUUCCUGGAUGCUCAGGAACAUCUGCCCUACGCGGACGACUCGAAUGCUGUCACGCCGAUGUCCGAGGAGAAUGGCACGAUCGUGGUGCCGGUUUACUAUGCUAAUCUUGGAUCCAGACACUCGUCGUACACCUCCCAUACAUCUAGGAUGUCGUACACGUCUCAUGGUGAUCUGAUCGGUGGAUUAGCGAACGCGGGCAAACCCAUGACCAAGGAGAGCCAGCUGAGAAUCAGAUCCGUCAGGCCUCCGUCUGUAAACGGACACUUUACGGACUCUAAUCAGAAAUAUCAUUACGUGAGUAUGGAUUUGACGCGGGUAAAUGAACCAUAUGAAAUAGUGAAUAUUAUAAUUGAGUUACUUUCUCUGCAGGAAGGUGACCUGGAGGAUCCCAUGGGCAAGGCGAAACAACAAGACAAUCCGUUUAUAGAGCCCUCUCAACAGCAUGCCGUCGUUGAUAUGAAAGACGUGAUGGUACUCAACGACAUCAUAGAGCAAGCAGCAGGACGUCAAAGUAGAACACCGGAACAAGGAGUUUCGACCUAUUACUUUUCGACAGACGACGAUGAAGAAGGGCCGACAUUCAAGGAUAAACUGUUGGCCGCUGUUUUACGUUGCAUCGAUACCUUCUGCGUAUGGGAUUGCUGCUGGUUGUGGCUUGAAUUUCAAAAAUACGUGUCUCUUUUGGUGUUCGAUCCAUUCGUAGAAUUGUUCAUCACCCUCUGUAUCGUCGUUAACACGCUCUUCAUGGCGUUGGAUCAUCACGAUAUGGACAAGGACAUGGAACGGGUGCUAAAGACAGGAAACUAUUUCUUCACGGCAACAUUUGGUAUCGAAGCAACGUUGAAAUUGAUAGCAAUGAGUCCAAAGUACUACUUUCAAGAGGGAUGGAACAUUUUCGACUUUAUCAUCGUCGCUCUUUCACUUCUGGAAUUAGGAUUAGAGGGUGUUCAAGGUCUCUCCGUGUUACGAUCGUUCAGAUUGCUAAGAGUGUUCAAACUAGCAAAAUCCUGGCCUACGUUGAAUCUGCUGAUAUCCAUCAUGGGCAGAACAGUGGGUGCACUGGGUAAUCUGACGUUCGUAUUGUGUAUCAUCAUAUUUAUUUUCGCCGUGAUGGGUAUGCAAUUGUUUGGCAAGAACUACACGGACCACGUCGAUCGAUUUCCCGAUGGCGAUCUACCAAGAUGGAACUUUACCGAUUUCAUGCAUUCGUUCAUGAUAGUUUUUCGUGUACUAUGCGGAGAAUGGAUCGAGUCUAUGUGGGAUUGUAUGCUUGUGGGAGAUGUUUCAUGUAUACCAUUCUUUCUGGCUACUGUUGUCAUUGGCAAUCUGGUUGUGCUGAAUCUCUUCUUGGCCUUGUUACUCAGCAACUUUGGUUCGUCGAAUCUUUCGGCGCCGACUGCGGACAACGAUACGAACAAGAUCACCGAGGCGAUCAAUCGAAUAACACGUUUUGUUAAGUGGAUCAAGCGAAAUUUCCUUUAUCUUGCUAAAAUGAUGCGAGCCAAACUCACCAAUCAGAUAUCCGAUCAGGCGCCAGGUGAGGGACCGUCCAACAGUUGGAAAGAAGAUGGAAUUGAUCGGGAUGGGAACCUAGAUCUUGCAGAUGGUGAGCUCGAUGCCUAUAGAGAUAAAAAGAGUGCCAAGGAGCUGAAUCAACUAGAAGUUGCUAUUGGGGAUGGAAUGGAAUUUACUAUUCAUGGAGAUUUAACGAAUAAAUUGAAGAAGGGUAAAUUGUGCCUGAACAACAGCAAAGUUAUAGCAAAUUCGAUCAACCAUCGUGACUAUAGAUUGGACAACGAUUAUAUUAAUCAAAACGAGGAGGACACUAUCAGUAACAAAUCGUAUGGCAGCCAUAAAAAUAGAGCGUUCAAGGAUGAAAGUCAUAAGGGUAGUAAAGAUCCACUGGACGGCGAAGAAAAGAAGGAUGCGAGUAAAGAAGACCUGGAACAAGAAGAAGAUCUUGGAGACGAAGGGGAAGAAGAAGGUGAAGGAGAAGGCGAUUUAGGGGACGCAAUUAUUCAGGCAGACGAGGAUCCGAUCGAGCCUGAUUAUCCAGCUGACUGUUGUCCAGAAAAUUGUUACAAAAGGUUCCCAUUCUUGGCUGGUGACGACGAUGCUCCAUUUUGGCAGGGUUGGGCGAACUUGAGACUGAAGACCUUCCAACUAAUCGAGAACAAGUAUUUUGAGACUGCCGUCAUUUUGAUGAUUCUUUUGAGUAGUAUGGCUCUCGCCUUGGAAGAUGUGCAUCUUCAACAACGACCCAUUCUGCAAGAUAUCUUGUAUUACAUGGACCGAAUAUUUACUGUGAUUUUCUUCAUCGAAAUGUUAAUCAAAUGGUUGGCUCUUGGCUUCAAAAAAUACUUCACGAACGCUUGGUGUUGGCUCGAUUUCAUCAUCGUCAUGCUCUCACUGAUCAACUUGGGUGCAAUCUGGGCCGGUGCAGCCGACAUCCCGGCCUUCCGUUCCAUGAGAACACUGAGGGCCUUGAGGCCUUUACGAGCCGUUUCACGAUGGGAGGGCAUGAGAGUUGUCGUCAACGCUUUGGUACAAGCCAUUCCAUCCAUUUUCAACGUGUUACUGGUGUGUCUUAUCUUCUGGUUGAUCUUCGCUAUUAUGGGAGUACAGCUAUUUGCCGGCAAAUACUACAAGUGCGUGGAUGCAAAUAAAACAACACUCAGCUAUGAAAUAAUCCCCGAUAGAAAUGCCUGUGUGGCUGAGAAUUAUACUUGGGAGAAUUCUCCAAUGAAUUUCGAUCACGUAGGAAAAGCGUAUUUGUGCUUAUUCCAAGUGGCCACGUUCAAAGGAUGGAUUCAAAUCAUGAACGAUGCGAUUGAUUCUAGAGAGCUCAACAAACAACCAAUUCGUGAAACAAACAUCUACAUGUAUUUCUAUUUUGUAUUCUUCAUUAUAUUCGGAUCGUUUUUUACCCUUAAUCUAUUCAUUGGUGUGAUCAUCGACAACUUUAACGAGCAAAAGAAGAAAGCCGGAGGUUCCCUUGAAAUGUUCAUGACAGAGGAUCAGAAGAAAUAUUAUAACGCUAUGAAAAAAAUGGGUAGCAAGAAACCACUCAAGGCUAUUCCACGUCCAAGAUGGAGGCCACAGGCUAUAGUGUUCGAAAUAGUGACGGACAAAAAGUUCGAUAUGAUAAUCAUGUUGUUCAUCGGGCUGAACAUGCUUACGAUGACGUUGGACCAUUAUCAACAAACCCAGACAUUCAGCGAUGUUCUAGACUAUCUGAACAUGAUAUUCAUUGUGAUAUUCACCAGCGAGUGUCUGAUGAAGAUCUUCGCUCUACGUUACCACUAUUUCAAGGAGCCAUGGAACCUCUUUGAUUUUGUUGUUGUUAUAUUGUCAAUAUUAGGUCUGGUCCUGAGCGAUAUUAUCGAAAAGUAUUUCGUAUCACCGACAUUGCUUCGUGUAGUAAGGGUAGCAAAAGUCGGUCGUGUUCUUCGACUGGUGAAAGGUGCCAAGGGUAUUCGGACACUUCUCUUCGCCUUGGCGAUGUCGUUACCAGCUCUCUUCAAUAUUUGCCUAUUACUGUUUUUGGUGAUGUUUAUCUUCGCAAUCUUUGGAAUGUCGUUCUUUAUGCACGUCAAAGACAAGAGCGGACUGGACGAUGUAUAUAACUUUAAAACGUUUGGCCAGUCGAUGAUACUGCUAUUUCAGAUGUCAACGUCUGCCGGUUGGGACGGUGUCCUGGACGGUAUAAUAAACGAGGAGGACUGCCAAGAGCCAAACAACGAGAUAGGAUACCCGGGUAACUGUGGCUCAUCGACGAUCGGCAUUGCCUAUUUACUCUCGUACUUGGUGAUUAGUUUUCUGAUCGUCAUAAACAUGUACAUCGCCGUGAUCCUCGAGAACUACUCUCAGGCAACCGAGGAUGUCCAAGAGGGAUUAACGGACGACGACUACGACAUGUACUACGAGAUAUGGCAACAGUUCGAUCCAGACGGGACACAGUACAUCAGAUACGAUCAGUUGUCCGACUUUUUGGAUGUGCUCGAGCCACCGUUGCAGAUACACAAGCCGAACAAGUAUAAGAUCGUAUCGAUGGACAUUCCCAUAUGCAAGGGAGACAUGAUGUUCUGCGUGGACAUUCUGGAUGCCCUGACGAAAGACUUCUUCGCGCGUAAGGGUAACCCGAUCGAGGAAGCGGCCGAGCUCGAUGUACAAACGCGACCAGGCGAGACUGGUUACGAGCCGGUAUCCUCGACGUUGUGGCGUCAACGGGAGGAGUAUUGCGCCCGUUUGAUACAGAACGCCUGGAGAAAGCACAAGCAACAACGUUUGGGCGGGCCGAGCGAAGAAAGCGACGACGCGGAUACGGAUCCGCGGGUGAGACAGACCGCGGUACUGGUCGAGAGCGACGGUUUCGUUACGAAAAACGGCCACAGAGUCGUGAUACACAGCCGAUCGCCGAGCGUUACCUCGAGAACCGCGGACGUCUGAUCGGCGACGUGGACGUCUCAAUCACCGCCAACGUCGUAACCCCUUGGCGCUUGGCCAGCCAAGCAUAGGAUAUCGCGACGAUCGCCGACGACAACGACCAUCGUCACCACGACGACACGUGGACGAGUCGAUCUCGUAGCGUCAGCCGUUUGAUACUGCUCUCACGGACCUUGCGCGCGCUCUCCAUCGACAGCCUUAUAGUUGUAUAAAAAAAAAAAAAAAAAAAAACACAUUCCUCCAACGAGUUGCCUUUAAAACUACUCAAAACGCUACGACCGUUGGGAGACACGUCGCUAGCUGAACACGAGCGUGCGAGCGAGGACGACGAGACGAGACGAAACGAAACGAAACGAAACGAAACGAAACGAAACGAAACGAAACCAGAUGAAACGAAUCCACCUGCAGCAUAGUAGUAAAACACAACGGAGGAACUAACGAGUUGCACCGUGUGUGUACCGUGCGUCGAUCCACAUUCAUCAUCCUAAAGAUUGAACUGGUUCGCGAGGAUGGAAACGUAGACGCGUAAAACACAGGCAUAUUACGAGAAGAGGAAACGAUGAAUGGCACAGCGAGGGUGAGAAAAAUGAUAAGGAUGAACACGCGAAGAGGAAUCGAAGGACGAGAACUGAAAGCUGACAAAGAACGAUCGGUCGUUGUAUACAAAAUUUAGCCUGUGUACCUUGACCGGAUAUCUCGCGAUACCGCAAUCCUCGAGUCGACUUCCCCUCCAACAAUCACGGCUCGAAGGUUGAGGGUCGCAUCCGUUCAGAAUCCUGCCUUCGAUGGACUUCGUCAGCACUCCUUACCGUUUGCAAUUCUACCACGACGAUCACGACGAUCACGACGAUCACGACGAUCACGACGAGGGCUGCGUUGUUUAGAGAGACACAAUGAAACGAAGAGCCAAGUACGUUCUACGGUGAGAUAUAGAGUAUAUUUACCGCGUUCAUAAUAUCACCCCGAUCGUUUCAUCGACUCUAUCUACGAUAUAUUGGCCGAUUCGUCGAAUUCUAUAUCAGCCACAUUGGAUUUUUUACAUAGUUUUACAGCGAACCGCCAACUCGCUGAAUGAAAAAUAUAAAUAGAGAGGUUCGUGGGUGAUAAUUUGUUGUUACAUGAAUCGGACUGUGGUGUACGAGAGAGUUGAACUUUCAAAUUGAUGAAAACGACGGAAGAACGGAGAAAACGAAGAAGACAUUGAUCAAGAUGUUGAUAAUAUAGUGAGGAUGAUCACAGAAUAGUUACACGAGAUGAUUAUGAAUCACAACGAUGGUGAACAAGAAUGUUACAUGUGAAAUGUAUGCGUUACUUAUUACAUUCGCUCGGCUUGACAAAUUUUACGCAAUACGCUGCGCGAACGUCUGAUCGCGUCGCUUUCUUUUAUCCAGCCCCCUGUUUCUCUGUUCCUGUUCUCUACUUCGAGCCUAAAUAUUACAUAUACGUCAUGAAUGCUCUUCGAUCGUUGGGUCCAUAUUCGACCAAUAAUGUGAUUUUACAAUUAUUUUAACAAACAAUUUCUUAACGAUUAAAGUAUACAAUUAAAGGUAUGGUAGACAAAAAAAGUGUUAGAAUAGGAUACACGAUCUAUCCUUAUUUUCGUGAAUUUCUUUCUUUUUAAACAUUCUUCUGGUUAAAAGAAAUUUCUUUAGUUCGAUUCAAGUAAUAACUGCUUAUGAACGUUUAGUUGAAGACAGAAGAAUGAUAAUUCCUGCCAAAAGGAACGGAGAGGUAGGGCGGCGAAUACGAAAUCUCGCAAUCAUCAUCAGCUAGGUAAUUUACACAUUUGCAAAGAAAAACUUUACACAGACACACAAUCUUACACGACGUAGUAAUGCGCUUUGGAAUAAAUGAAUAUACAUAAUAGUGUAACGUUAUUCGAAUAAAAUUGUAAUCGAUAACCGUGCGCCCGUAAACCCGUCUCGCAGCAAACCUAUGCAUAUAGUGUGAAAUUAAAAAAAAAAAAAAAAGAAAAAAAAAAGAAAAGAAGAAGAAUUAUAACACUAAUUUAAUUGCUAACAAAGAGACUGACACAACUGUCUAUCUAUUUGAUUAAUGAAAUUUUAUACAAAGAAGAAUGCGAAUUCGCAAAAGAUUAUUAAAAUAAAACUGAUUUGCAAAAUUGAAGAACGUAUAAUUUAGAGAAAGUUGUGUCGCUCUGAUCGAUUUCCUUAAUUGCGGAGGCCAAAAAACGAAACGUUAAAUUAACGGAUAUGAAUUGUUAACAUUUUCAGAGAUUAUUAGUUCGACGUUUGUUGUUUCAAAUAUUUAUCACACAUAUUCUGUUAAAUUAUCAAAUGUUUCGUGUAUCAAAGAUUCUAUGUACGAGAAGCCAAAUGGCGCGGGAAGCUGCAUGAUUGUCCAAGGACAAUAACGAAACCACCACGCUUUUAGUCUGAAUUACGUACAAUUAUAAACAGUUACGAAAUAAAUCGAGAAACGUUUCGUAGAAAAUAAAAAGAAAGAAAAAAAAAAAAACUAAGAAAAAGAAAUGGAAUCGUUUUAGUCGAUUUCGAACGGGUUUACGUGCUUAAAAUGAUCGCGGAGGAUCGCGUGCCCGGUAAACGUCAGUUGAAACACGCUUUGAUCGCGUAUCAAACGAAAUUCUCUCUUCUGAUCGCGAUAACGGCACGCGAUUCUGUCACGAGUCAAUCGUAUUGCUCUCGCCGUACAUAAAAUAUAAUAAUUCGCGCCAAGUAAAUGUAAGAACGCGUGUAUACACACGGUAAUAUGUUGGAGAAAUUCAUUUGGAACGGCGAUGGCACGGUUUCAUUUGCCGUACAAAGUACACAGGUGAACGUUAUAUUAUACGUAUAGGAUACUCACAGACGAAUGAACGUUAUCAUCUCGAGCUGGCGCGUGUCGAUGGCGAGACGCGGAAUAUUUAAAAAAAAAAAGUAAAAAUAUAUGUGUGUUUGUGCGCGCGCGUGUAUGUAUGUUAACGCGGAUUGUGCGAUCGUUAUUUUUCUACGUUUACAUCCGCGAUCCGACAGGUAAGAGCAAACAAAAAAAGAAGAAAAAAGAAAAAAAGCAGCGGGGGUUGUCGCGGUUAAUAAGUAAGGAAAAUUGUAGUAGGAUCGUUCUCGCUGGUCGAAAACGGACGUAACGGUGGAAAGAAGCUCGCAGCUCGCCAGAAAUCGACGACCAGGACGAUGACGAUGACGAUGACGAAGACAACGGUUACGGACAUUACGAGAACCGAAAAUACACGGGGUAAAUUUGUUAUUAACAGGGAGGCUAAAAGAAAGAGAGGUACAAGAGGGAUGACAAACAACGCGAAAAGUAUCGGGGAAACGGGAAGAAAAGAAAUAAAGAGAGAGAAAAAAAAUAUGUUCAUUAUUUUAAGCUACGAAGGCUCAAGAGGGUGAGGAUCAUUGUAAAUUAACUCGUACAAAUAAUUCAUACACUAUCGGUGUCGAGUCCGCUUUGUCAAAGUAUUUUAGAGAAGCCUGUCCGAUAUUAAUGUCCUCGUACCUUUUCUACGUACACAAAUAUAUUAUAAUUGCAUUUCACGAUUCUCGUCGCGGGCCAUUUCGUGAGUACGCUUGAACGUAUAAAAUACGCGACUCGUUCGUUCCUCGUUUCUUCCAACACUCGGCUUUCUUACGCUCGGAAUCUCGAAACGAUUUAGGGAUUCGAAAUAUUCUGCACGAUCAUCGAUUACAAUCGGUUCAUCGCGUCAUUAUCUGUUCGUUGAUCGGUCUGCGACGAAAGCAGAGAAACGAUUACGCCUAAAAUUAAAAAAAAAAAAAAGAAAAGAAAAAAGAAAAAAAGAAUAAAGCAACUUGUUGUCGUUUGCUUUUCGCGCGCGCGCGAAAUUCAGAUUUUUUCUAAACGCACGUUACGAACACGUUGUUACCGUAGGGGUUGAAACGUGCAAUCAGAAAAAUAAUAAGAGAAUAAGUACACGGAGCACGACGGACGACGACAAAGACAAAGACGAUGAAGACGAUAAAGACGAAACGAACCGAGACACGAGAUCGAUCGACGAUAUCAAUUUAUCUCGUCGAUCCUUCUUCUAUCGAAGUACGACGUAUCUGAUGGUCCGUCCGGCUCACUCUCUAAUUACUCCGAUACCCCCUCUCGCCCCCUUUUUAUGUUUCGAUCCCCUCCCGUGCUAUAAUAUGUGCAAAUAAUUCGAUAAUAAUCAAAUCGUUUAUACGCAUAUAAUAUACAUAUAUAUUUUCGAUACUACUUUGUCGAAUGGGCAACCGCGAACUUUCUGGAAGCAAUAAAACUCGAGACACGCGACAAACGUACAUACACGGGAAGUUGUAUUAAACAGGGCGUGACAAAAAGUGUUCCGUAAAGAAAUUGGCCUUUUUAACGAUAACAAAUCUUCAGAAUCCUUGUCAGAAAAUUCGUUCUUCCCCGAGAGGCGCGCUAAAAUGAUCUUCUUCUUCUUCUUCUUCUUCUUCUUCUUCUUCUUCUUUUCUCUUUCUUAUUUACUGGUUUAUCAAACUUGGUGACUAAUUGAUCUUACGAGACCGAAUGUUCGAUUGAAUUGAAACUUCCCCGGUUUUCAAUCGUGAUUACCAAUCGUUUGACAUUCGGUUCGUUCGAUUUUUUAGUCGGUAUGAAAAAUAUUAAACGUAAGAAAGUCGGGAAUACACGCGUCUCGAACAGUUGCCUGGAAAUUCGUUUGAGUGUAACGCUCGGGAACGGAGGAAAACCAAAAAGCGUUCGUUCGAUGGCCAAAUUGCUACGAUAAUGAUAAUGAUAAUGAUAAUGAUAAUGAUUAUGAUAAUGAUAACGAAAUGAAACACGGGGGAAGGGGGGUGGAAGAGUAUGCGUGGUGUGCUUCAUUGAUUUUUUCGUUCGUUUUACCAGAGAAAAAAAAGAAAAACGUACACUAAAUACCAGCUUUUACGCGACGACGGCUGUAAGAUAUUAAAGAAACAAAUUAUAUAUAUAUACACAUACAUACAUACAUACAUAACAUACAUAACAUACAUACAUUUAGGGCUUUCCUUCGUUAAAGCGAGAUAAGACGAGGUUUAAACGUACUUUCUCCGUGGACGAUACUGCCGUUACGCAUUGUAUAAAGAGAAAUGAAACUAAGUUAACUAAUCGUAAAAUGCACGAAAUUUUCUUAAACGGAUAGCGAAAACGAUACAAAAAAAAAAAAAAAGAAAAAA